AUGGGGGCUCGCAUUUCGUCGUUCUCAUCUGGCGGGAAGAUUCAGCAUAAAUCUUUGCAGCUCAUCAGAAGUUUCCCAAAUUUGUUGUCGAAGGCAUAUAUUGAAGCCUUGCCGAAUAUACUGCAAAGAAAAUAUGCUUUACUGCGAGACUUGGAUAACAGCUUACAAGAAAUCCAGAGGCAAAAUGAGCAGCAUUGUGAGCAAGAAAUAGAUGAUAUGAAACGCGGUAUAAAGUCUGGUAGCAUCACUCCAAAUUCGUCUCUCCUCAAAUUCUCUGAUGAUGCUCUUGAUGAGCAGAAACAUGCCAUCAGGAUUGCUGAUGAAAAAGUUGCAUUGGCUGUCCAAGCUUAUGAUUUGGUGGACACUCACAUUCAACAGCUUGAUCAAUAUUUGAAGAAAUUUGAUGAAGAUCUCCGUCGUGAAAGAGAUAACAUAGCUGGCAGUGGAUCUCCUCAAAUGCAAGAUAACAACGUGAAAGCUGGAAGGUCCGGUGAAACUAGUAACAGAGGGCGUAAAAAGACACGUAUGGCAACAACAAGUGCUUCUGGCUCAGCCUCAGCCUCGGGAAAUGCAGGUGCACCAACAGCAAUAAACACAACUAGCAUGGAAUUGGAUCUACCAGUUGAUCCCAAUGAACCGACUUAUUGUUUGUGCAACCAAGUCAGCUAUGGGGAAAUGAUUGCUUGCGAUAAUCCUGAUUGCAAGAUUGAGUGGUUCCACUACGGCUGUGUAGGGCUAAAAGAACCACCGAAAGGGAAAUGGUAUUGCUCGCAAUGUGUUGGAACCCAAAGACGUCGGAAAACAAAAUAACAAGUCUCCAGGCUGAACUUUGUGUUUUUGUUCCCGAGCUUAAUGUUGGUGUAUACAAACCAACUCUACUGAUUUUGUGUUUUUGUUUAUUGCAAAGAUUUAUCCUCGGUGGCUCUCAGGUCCACUCUUUUCAUUGUACCUAACUACUUACUGUACGUUUAUUGUGAACAUAAAUCAACGUGGGUGGACUUAUUGUACGUCCGUUGUGAAUUUAAACCACCGACGGAUGUAUCCAAUCCAGGGGUUCAUAUGUCUGUCCAAAUAAUAAGAAACUGUUUUUAGUUAUUAUGUGCAUGCACCCGUUGAACAGUAAUUCAAUGUGAUGUUCGUAUAUAUUUUCCAAUUGCAGGGGUUCAUAUAUUUGUCCAACUAAUAACUGUUUUUAGUUAUGUGCUUGCACCCGUUGAACAGUAAUUCAAUGUGCUGUUCGUAUAUAUUUUCGAAUUCCAGGGGUUCCUAUAUUUGUCCAACUGCUUGGUGUUCUAUAAUUUCGUGUGCU